AUGCGAAAUAAAGAGGACUAUUUAAUUUCCCUUUUUAACACAAUUGAAAAGUUUAAUAAUUAUUGUAUACUAUAUAAAAAGACGAAAUUAAAGUAUUAUAAUUUUUCUAGAAACACACUUACAAAAAAUGAAAGAAAUAAAGACAUAAAUGAGUUUCGUAAAAAAUUUAACAAUUUUAUGUAUAAGCUUGGGAAAUUAAAAAGUGAUAUUUUUGAAGAAAACACAAAAUAUCAACGUAGAGAAAGUACUGAUAUGAAAUCUGAUGUUACCGAAGAAGGCGUUACUAUGAAUAUAAUAAGUUCAGAUGACAAUUAUAAUUACGAAGAAACCCGAGGUAAUGAAAAUGCGUAUAUUAAUCACAAUGACCAUAACAAUGAUAAUUUUAAAACUAGUAAAAAACAUAUAAAUGGGAAUCGUAGCACGGGGAAGGAUAUUGUAUAUAAUGUAAAAGAAGAGAUCGCAGAAACACCUAUUGAAGAAAAUAAAAUAUUUUCAAAUUUUACAAGCAAAUGCAAUGAUUGUAUAAAAAAUAAAGAAAAAUAUUAUACCGAAAUAAGUAAUAGAGUAUAUUCGAAUCGAAACAAUGAUAUGCGCAUUUCAUCGUCUGAUAUAUAUUCACACACAAGUUCAAGCACAGGUGGAAGUAUGAACAGUGAUCAUAAGAAUGACAACAAUAUAAUAAUUAGUAAAAUGAACAAUAUGCUAUUAAAAUAUAUAGGAGGGUUGGAUUAUGUACUAAAUGUUAAAAGAGUUUCAAAAGAAAAUUUAAUAAGAGAAAUUAAGGAAUUUUACAGAAUUCAUAACAGUCGCAUAAUAUUAGAUGAGUAUUCUACAUACUUAAGUUGUGAAAUUAUAAAUUUGCUAAAAAAACGACAAGGAAGUAUGGAUAGAAACACUGUCACCAAUAAUAAUAUCAAUCACAACUACAACUACGAUAUAGAUACUAAUGAGAAAUGCGAACAUUUUAUGAAAAAUGGAAAAAUGUUUUUCUACCUUCCUAGUAAUUACUUUUUUACAAAGUAUUAUGAUGAUAAAGCUUGCAAAGAAAAUUGGUAUACAUCAAACUGUACAAAUUAUGAAAAAAGCUUAAUUGGGGGUAAUACAUGUAAUUUCUCGAAUAACUCAUUGAGUAUAAGUACUACUAAUCAUAAUAUAUAUCGAGAUAAUAUAUAUAAUAAUCAUAAUAACAAAUAUAAUUCUCCCGAAUUUGGGAUUGGAAAUAAUCAACAAUCUCCUAAAUUUGGAAUGCAUGAAACACGGAAAAAAAACAGCUACAUAAAUGUAUAUAAAGAUGGAAAUAAAGAAUAUAAUAAGGAUGAAAAUAUAUUUUACAAUCAAACAUAUGAAAUAGGAGAUAUAUAUUUAGAAGAUGAAAUAAAUAAGGCAUUCGAUGAAAUGGAAGAAAAUGGAUUUGAUGGAGAAUUAAAUAAUUGCCAAAAUUCAGCAUCGAAUCAAUAUUCAAAUUCGUGUAGUUUAUAUAUUUGUAAUGAUGCCAAUUAUUACAAAAAUGAAGAUGAAUUAAAAAAUUCUAUUAAUAGUAAUAAUAAUAAUAGUAAAGCAGAAUAUGACUAUUAUAAUAUGUGUGUAAUAAGUAAUGGAGAAGGAAAGACACAAAAAAACUUAAGCAGUAACACAAGCGAUUUUUAUCAAAGUGUUAGCAAUUUUUAUAAAAGCAAGGAAAAUCGUAACACCAAUUAUGAGAAUAAUCAUAGUAAAGAAAAAAAUAACAAUUUAUAUGUUGGAAAUAGUUCAACUGUUGUUAACAGUAAUGAGACACAAAUAAUAACAAAUCAAAGUGUGUAUCCAGAAAAGGGGGAAAACAUAAUUAAUUUAUGCUUUGAUGAUGAAUUAUCAAGUGCUAUGAUAUUAAAUAAUGAAUUUUGUUUAAAUAAAAAAGUAAAUAUAAAAUAUGAUACACUUGUUAAAGAGAAUAAAAAUAUAAACGAGCCCGAAAUUUGUUAUGAUAUAAAAAAUAUGUCUGAUGAAUUGAAUCAUCAACAAAAUGAAGAAAAUUUGGUAGAAUAUGAAAAAGAUGAAAAACAAUGGAUUAAUGAAUAUUGUGAUGGUGAUUAUAAUUUAUAUAGAUCAUUACAAUUAAAAAACAGGAAGGAAACUAUUUUAUCAUACGAAAAUAUUGUAGAUAUAUAUAAUUUAAAAGAAGAGGAAAAUGAGAAUGAAAACGAAAACAAAAAUCCAACUGAACUUGUUAAUAAUAAAAAAAAAAUGAACAUUGUUCAAGUUCGAGAUUAUUCAGAAAGUGAUAAUGGAAAUAAUGAUAAUUAUGGUAACAAUAUUGACAAGGAAAGUAAUUAUGAAAAUAAAUAUAACAUGAUGAAUCUAAAGGUUGUGUACGAAAACAAUAAAAUCGAUUUUGGUUCUAAUAGUGAGCUUAAAAUGGUUCCUGGCCAUGUUAUUUUAAAUAAAUAUAAAAUAAUAAAAGUUUUGUCUAAAACGACAUUUAGCACAACGUUAAAAUGUUUAAAUUUGGAUUAUAAAAAUAGCAUUAAGAAUGGAGAAGAUUCAUCAAAUCUUUUGACCAAAGAAAAAGUAAGCGAGCUGGAAAGUGUAUGCAAAAAAAGCAAGAUAUUAUCUGAUAAUCCUAAUAUGUCAUUUACUCAAAAUUUAAAAGAUUUAAACAAUAAAUAUCCAUUUGACAUAAGUAGCAUUAAAAAAAAUAACUCGAGUGAAUAUAUAAGAAAUUCUACAAAUAAUAAAAAUAAUGGAAUAAAAAAAAAAUAUUAUAAAUAUGUAUGUUUAAAAGUAAUGAAAAAGGGAAAAAACUAUUUCGAUCAAGGUUUAUUUGAAUUAACGAUUUUAAAUAUGUUAUCUGAAGAGAGUAUUAACCAGACAAGCAUGGGGAAUAAUAAAAGUAAUGAUAUUACUGGUUCCAAUAUUUUGACUAAUAAAAAUAUUAUUCAACUUUAUGAUUAUUUUUAUCUUAAAGGGCAUUUAAUAAUAGUGACCGAAUAUAUGGAGAGUGAUUUAUAUAAUUAUUUUAUAAAAAAGGGAAAACUAGGGACAUUAGGCCAAUUACAAAUACUAACCAAAAAUUUACUUCAAGGAUUGGCGUAUAUUCACUCGAAAAAAUUAAUACAUUGUGAUUUGAAACCUGAGAAUAUUAUGAUCAAUAUAAAAAAGAAAAAAAAGAAAAAGAAAUACCCACAGCAUCCAACGGGGAAUAACAAUGAUGAAACCAGUAAUGUACAAAUUUCACAUGAUUCCAAUGAAAAAAACAAAUAUUUUAGCAAUGACAAUGAUUUUGAUAAAAAUCGUGAGAAUAUUUUUAGUAGCGAUCAAUUUAGCAAAAUAAAAAUAAUAGAUUUUAAUAGUUCGAUAUUUGAAUUUGAUAAGCUAGAGAUGUAUGUACAAACACGGCCUUACAGAUCCCCUGAAGUUUUGUUGCAACAUAAUUAUGACUCGAAAAUAGAUAUGUGGAGUUUAGGGUGUAUAUUAUUUGAAUUUUUAACAAAAAAAAUAUUAUUUGAUCAUAAAAACAUAUACCGAUUUAUAUAUUCUAUAGCAUCCUACAUUGGUUCUUUUCCAUUUUAUAUGAUCAUCACAUGUAAAAUACCUUAUAUUUUUACAAAGCAUGGAUAUAUGAUACUUAAAAAAAUAAUUUAUUAUUCAAAUGAUGAUGACUAUCCUAAGGAGGAUCCAAUUGAUGAAAUUGAAGAUGAGCCAGUGAUUUUUAAUAAAAACGAUUUUUUUUGUUUAAAUAAAAAAUGCCAUCAAAAUGAUUUAUUAAAAAUUAAAAAUCAAAACCCAAAAUUCGUACAUAAGCAAACAAAUCAUAAGGUCUAUUAUGAUAUUUGUUAUUCGAGUAAUACCCCAUUGGAAAAUAAUUUCCAAAUCGAUGAUUUAUUAUUUAUUAAUUUUCUUUUAUCAUUGUUACAAAUUGAUCCAUGUAAACGAUUGAAUUCGAAAGAAGCCCUUGACCAUCCAUGGUUAAAGCCUAAUUUGUACCCCGAUGGUUUGUAG